AAAUUGCUGCUUUUCACAGUGAAUUAAACAUGAUCAUUUAUGCAUAUGUUUUAAAACUAGCAACAUGAAGCAAGUAAAUAAUUGAAAAUGCUAAUUUCCGAUUUAAAUUUUUUCAACCAAACAAUAGUUCUCAGUACCACGCUAUCUUUUGGUAGGCUACUAGAGACUAACUAUUAGCUUGCUGAAUGAGAUGACUCGUAAUCAUUUAAAAGGACCUCGUUACAUGAUGAAUAUUUAAGCGACCACAAACUGCAUACCGUCACGUAUUAUAAAAUGUUUAUUUUUUUAAGGUGGCGCAUUUCUGACCACUGUGGCUGUAGCUGGCAUGGUGGCAGGGUUUGGUACGACCUUGGCCAUGGCAAAGAAGAAAAGCCCGGAAUGGUUUAGCAAGGGUGUGACGGCCACUGCAGCAGCGCCACAGAGUGGCGCAUCCUUGGCACUGCGGGCCCUGGGCUGGGGGUCGCUGUACGCCUGGUGUGGGGUGGGCCUGCUCAGUUUCACCGUUUGGAAGGCUCUGGGAGUCCACAGCCUGACGGAGUUCCGACAGAAGAUGCAGUCCAUAUUCCCGGCCAUCCCAAAAAAGGAGGAAGGGCAAGCCAACGCAGAGCCCGUCGACUGGGAGUCGCUGUUCCAGUCCAAAUGAGAAGACGGGACGUUCAUCCCAGGGCUGGGGGCUGGUGUAUAUCACACACACAUACAGACGAUAUGAACAUCAGUAACUGCAGCUGAUGGCAUGAGAUGGCCUGUCUGGAUGUUGAAGCCCUAUACUGAGAGGACAGCGCCCCCUAGCUGUACCUGUGCCACAGUGAACCCCCGGUGUUGGCUAUUGGUCCUGUAAGCUGUCGUUUGGUUGAACCUGACAGAGAGUGACUACAAGUUUGCGUUUUCACAAGCUGGAAGUUUGGGGCCAGUCACGUUUAGGGAGGGCCUACUAGGUGCAGUGUUGAAAUGACGUUGCUCCUUCUCUUAGUAGUGGGAGACGGUCAGUUGUUGGCUGUCAUUGAGACUGAUACUGCAUCCAUGUUUAAUUUGUACAGUUUUGCUUGUGUAUUUAAAUGAGUAAUGGAGGCUUCUUGUUUUAUGUGUGACGUCAAGGCUGUGCUGAACAGGUGCAACGAUGUAAAUGGCACCACAGUGAAUGUACUCAAAGAAGCUGGUGUAUUUCUGGGUGCUGGAAGUGAGGGACUGAAAUUCUUGUCACCUUAGUUCAGUUACAAUCAGGUUUUAAUUUUUUUCUGAUUCACUGCAUUGGGCUGUCAUUAACAUGUACAGUCGCCAUUCUCCCCAUUCUCCCCAGUAUUCUGUUGGGACUGAUUUGUGAAAUGCACGUGAUGCCGUGCAUUCACUAAACCUGGAAAAAGUGACCAUUUACCGAGGUGUUAUUUCCUGUCUCCGGACUACACUUCCCAUCCAGCACCUGUUCACUCUGUAGCAGAUCUACCUUUGUUUCAUCCUUUAGCCCAAUUCAUUUUGGUUCUUGGAAGUAAGAAUGUAAUAAAACCCACAGUUGCUUUAGGUACACGGAACACACUGAACAGGGUCUGAAUGGAAAGCUGGAUUAUAGCGAUUUGCCAAAUCCUGCUGUGAAAUCAGUGGAAUGAAACAAUAUGCACAGUUCAGUAUGCUAUCUAGUACUGUGUGUUCCUGGAUGUUUGGCUGUAGAUAAUGGAACUAUGUCUUUGAAGGCCAAACAUAGACUUUCUACUCCAGCAGUCCUUUUCAUUAUUUCAGUGAAAAGGCUCAAAUAAGAAAGCAAUCAAAAACGUCCUUCACAGUGACAAGAUUUAAUGUACAUUUAUUCUUAACAUGUGGAACAUAUAGUAUAAAGAUUUUAUACUGAAUAAAUGAUGUUCAUUGAGUCAGCGGAAAGAGACUUUACAGUUUUUACAUGUUUUUCUGUCAUUACUACAUUAUGUUGGAAUACAGUUACGCCCAUUUGCAUCACUGAAGGGAGAAAAUAAAUAUUUUGAUUCGUUUUUGUGUCUUUUGUAACCUCAACUAAUCCCCCCACAUUAACUAGUACUCACUCCCACAUCUGGUCAACAGAGCUGUCCACUACAGAACAGAACACACAGGAACUUUUUACAUACAAGGGAUCUUUACCCUCAUUUGAAGAUAUGACCAAAAUAAAAUUGUGUAAUAAAAUUAUUAACAGUUACAAAGGAGGGUUUUUUUUAGCCUCACUUUGCAGUUAUACACCUUUUUUUAAAAAAAAAGAAAAGAAUGAAG